GUUUUCAUGUUGUUUGUGUAUCGUCUUUAUGCCUAUCGAAGUACGAUCGAAUAGUGCUCUCUUCAGGAGAGCUGAACAGCUAAAACGUUGGGAAGAUUCAGAAACUAAUAAUGUGUCACCUGUGCCUCCGACGGAUAAAAAAAGCAAGAUUAAAUUUAGUGAUGGAUGUGUUUUUCUUGCUGCAUGUGCUGCAAGUGACACGGAAGAAGUUGAACGAUUGCUUGAGCAAGGGACGGAUAUCAACACAGCUAAUGUUGACGGUCUAACAGCUUUGCAUCAGGCAUGUAUCGACAAUAAUUUAGACAUGGUUCAGUUCCUUGUUGAGCAUGGAUGUGAUGUCAACAGAGGAGACAAUGAAGGUUGGACUCCUCUCCAUGCUACAGCGUCCUGUGGUUUUAUUAGCAUUGCCAAAUAUUUAAUUGAAAAUGGGGCAAAUGUUGCUGCCGUGAAUAACGAUGGCGAUCUACCCAUUGACAUUGCUGAGUCCAGUGAAAUGGAAGAAUUUUUAUCCAAUGUACUUGAUGAAAAAGGAAUUGACUGUGAUGAAGCACGUUCAGAAGAAGAACGUAUUAUGCUUGAAGACGCAACUGAAAUGCUCAGUUCCAAUAAAUUUUUGGAUAAAAUUCACUUGCGAACUGGUGCUUCUGCUCUUCAUGUUGCUGCAGCUAAAGGUUAUAUCAGUGUUAUGAAUAUUCUCAUUCAGGCUGGUGCAGAUUUAAACGCUCAAGAUAAUGAUGGAUGGACACCUCUACAUGCUGCUGCUCAUUGGGGUCAAAAAGAGGCAUGUGCGGUGUUAGCUGACAGUUUGGCUAACAUGGAUAUCCAAAACUUUGCCGGUCAAACAUGUUUUGAUGUUGCUGAACCUGAGUUAGUUAAACUUCUAGAAGAGCUUAAAAAGAAACAGGCAUUUAUGCAAAAGGAAAGGCCAGAAAUACAAGCAAUACUUCAGAGAACUAGUACUAGACCACCAUUAAAAAGAAGAACUUCUGUUACUCGCAUGAGUAAUCAAGAAAAAAGCAAAUCUGUUAUGAAGGAUACUAAGUCUGAAAGAGCUCAUAUUGAGAGCUUAACUCUACCGGAAGAAGAAGAAGAAGAAAGAGAAAGGAAGCAACAUGAGGCAUUAGAGCGACUAAGGAAAGAUGAUGUAAUUAAAGUAAAAGAUAUACCUAUUCAACCAAAGAAAGUGCCAACCACAGAAUCAAAACCAAAUGAGGAUGUUGUUUCAAAUGAGGCAGAUUUAGAAAACAUUCCGUCGUGGAAAAGGUAUUUGAGGCGAUCCUCUGAAAAUCUAGAAAAUUUAAAUUCUAAUUCCGAAGUUGAGGAAGUAAUUCUUAGAAGGCCAAAGAAAAGUUCUGACAAUAUAUUUGAUAAAACGAGUAGUUCACUUGAAAAUGAAGCAAGUAACGAUGGCAUAGCAUAUAGUGAAUCAAGUAGUGUUCCUACUACCCCUUCAACCCCUUCAGAUUCAUACUCAGAAUCUCAAUUGCAAGAUAAGCGGAGAGCUUUCAUUAUUCCUGUCAGAGAUGAGGAAUCAGAGAGUCAACGGAAAGCACAUGCUAAAAGAGUGCGAGAAACUCGCCGGUCAACACAAGGUGUUUUGCUGGAAGAUAUAAAAUCUGCUGAGCUUCAGUACUUAAUUAAUACACAGCGUGAAGCUGCAAAAAGACAAGCAGAUGAAGUUGAACCAGCUGUAGUUGACAGCAAUAAAACAUCUACAGAAAUACCAACUGUUAAAGACAAUUCCAAUCAUGAGUCUUCAAGAAAAAAUCGUCGACAAGAGCUUCAAGAUUCUAAAGAAACUGCAGAAAACCUUUCAUCUAACCAAGAGAAAUCGAGAUCUGAUUUAAGCACUGACUCUGCACCUUCUGUAACAUUAGUACUUAAGCCAAAAACAGGAAGCUCACCUGAAGAAACAAGUCCAUCUGAAAGCAGGACAUCUUUAGGAACUCAGGCAGCUAUCCAAAGAAGACGGCGGCCAAAGAGGCGAUCUACUGGUGUUGUUUAUCUUGAUAGUGAUGAUGCUCAAGAGGAGAAAGAAACCACAAAAGAUAAAGAUCCUAAUUCUCAAGUAGAAAGUAGUCAAGGAGAAAGAGCACGGCAUCGAUAUGGGUCAUCAACAUCAAUUCCAGACACGGCAUCCGACACAUCUUCUAGAAGUGAAACUCCAUCGAGGUUUAGCUCAGUCAGUUCUAAAAGUAGCUAUGUUGAAGAUGAUAAAGAUUAUAAAAAGCUCUAUGAUGAUCUUAAGAAAGAAAAUGAGAAAUUAAAAGAAAACUUAAAGAAAAGUGAAGACGAAUUAGAUCGAACAAAGAAACAAUUGCAAAAACUAUCUCAGAACAAUACUAUGAAGAAUUCUCUAAGUGAAACAGAAAAAAAAGUGAGUAUUUCUUCAAAAUUUAUAAAUUUGAACGACUUAACAAAUGGUGUUUUACUUACUCCAUUUGUAAAAUCGUCUUAAUUUAUGAAUGGAUUUAUAAUUUGGUCGCCUUUACAUUGCUAAUUCUACUGUUAAACUACUAGUGAUAUAGCUAAAAGAAUGAAUAAUUUAAAUCAUCAAUAUUGAAUAUGGAGACAGGUUAUACAUUUGAAUAAAUUCUAUCUUUGCUGUAGGUUAUACUCUUAAAAUAAAC